GUCCAAGUGUCCACUGUGCCACUGGGUACAAAGACGUGCUUCAAGUUGUUAAGAAUAGUUUGUUGGUCACCUUCCAAGGAGUUCCUCAGAAAUACGAUAAAUGUUUAAGAGGAACUAUUUUUACAUGUGCUACGGCGAGGACAUCAACACAGACAAUGGCAUUCAUCAACUCCGUCGGUAUCGCUUCCAGAAAACAAGGUUCACUCGAGUAGCCAGAGGUGUUGCAGCUGUUCGAAAGGUUGUCCUUUUGACUGCCAAACUACAAGUCUGCUCCACAGUUCUGUUUGAAUAGACCACAGUCCCAGGAGGGGGAUCGGAGAAGUCUUGCACUGUUGCCAGGAUUUCUAAAACGCUAGAAUGCCUCAGGAAAGGACUAGCAGCAGCCAGGCAGAGCACCCAUGGUUGUCAACAACAAGCCAGUCGCAGAGGAAAUGUGUGCCAACAGCUGGAAAGAGACAGCUGGGGACAGACAUAUCUGUAGGGUCAAUGGAGCAGUCCCCUCCAAAGGAAGGGGAUACACACCUCAGCAAGCAGCCUAAUACCUCCUCUCAAUGAGUAAGGGUGCUUUCCAACAAAAGAGGCACAAUCUGAUCAGGAUGAAGUCCAGGUUGUUUUACAUCAUGGUUCUGCUCACAGGACGUCUCGCUGUGAACGAAGGAAACGAAUAUUUGUGCUCCAACUACACUCAAGGCGAUGUGGAUGGUGCAAGAUGCUGGAUGGAAGUUGUCAAUGAGCAGUUUAAGACAGAGAACCUCAGCACUCUUAUUAAAUCUGUGGAGAAACUAGAAAUGGUUCUUGAAAACACAGCUUUGAAUGAGACAACUUCAAUCAUUGUUGAGAGGCUUGUGGCCCACAUAUUCAGGGCCGACGGCCACUUUACAGGGCUUAAUAUAUCUGCCAGCCAAGAACGGGUAACAUCAGACAGUGACCAUGUGGCCAACACUACCGUCAAGGUCCACCUGCCCAAAGAGCUCUUGAAAACCAACGAGAACAAUACCAUUAUCUUCUGCAUGAUUACCUCACCAGAAAAAUAUGGGCAAUUGGGGAUUCUUGAUGGCCGAAUAGUAGGUCUGGCUGUAAGCAAGAAGACAGUGUUAGGUCUGCAGGACAAGGUCAACUUCUCCAUGCCUCUACAGCGCCCCACGCUGGAAAGUCAGGCUGACAAACAACCAUCUUGUCAAUUCUUUAAUUUUUCAACCAAUCAGUUCUACCAGGAUGGCUGCACCACCGAGUGGAAGAGAGACGAGGGCCGUGUGGUCUGCUCAUGUGACCACCUCACAUACUUUGCUGUGCUGAUGGUGUCUCCCUCCAUCUCUGAAAGCGAUCGGGAGAUCCUAAGCUACAUCACUCUGAUUGGCUGCAGUCUGUCUCUGUUCUUCCUGGUGGUCACAAUCAUUCUGUACGCCACUCAAAGAGGUACAGGCACAGACAUCUCCCUGAAGGUGCAUAUCAACCUGUCUGUGGCCCUGAUCCUCCUCAACCUGCACUUCCUGCCCAGCCAGCAUGUAGCAGCAUUAUCCUCCUCUGGGCCAUGUAUCUAUGUUGCUGUCCUUCUGCAUUACUCUCUACUGGCCACCUUCACAUGGACAGCAAUCGAAGGCUUCCACCUUUACCUGUUGCUGGUCCGUGUCUUCAACAUCUAUGUCAGGAGAUACCUGCUCAAACUGAGCCUGGUAGGAUGGGGAUUCCCUGCGGUCAUUGUCAUCAUGAUUGCUAUCAUUGACAAAGACACAUACAGCCGUGUGACUCUUCAACCCUCUAAGACCAAUGGCACAGCUGUGGAGAUGUGUUACCUCUCUAAUGAUGUGAUGAAGCUGGUGACCACGGUGGGUCUGUUUGCCCUGGUGUUUGUGUUUAACCUCGGUAUGCUGGCUGUGACUAUGAGGCGCCUCAAGUCUCUGCGCACUGAACAGACGUCAAGGGAGAAGGGUAGGGCCAGGAGGGACACAUGCACUGUGCUGGGCAUCACCUGUCUGCUAGGCAUCACCUGGGGCAUCAUCUUCUUCUCCUUCGGCCAGCUUACCACGCCUGGCCUCUACCUUUUCUGUGUCCUCAACUCUCUACAAGGUUUUUUCAUCUUCCUCUGGUUUUGUGUGUUCAAAUGGAAGACUGAGGACAGCCAACCUGGCAGUGACACUCACUAUACCAAUUCCAGAUCUGCCUGAGGACAAAGUCUGUUGUCAACCAAUCCAGCACUGUUGUUAUCAAUGUUCAUUUCAAACUUUAUUGUGAUUUAUUUAUUUAUUUUUUUCUAUUUUUUUCUUUUGAGAAUACGAGCCCUAAACUGUAGACAUCUACAAACCACCCACAUGUUUUGUACCAGUAUAAUAUUGUUAUUUGUUUUAUUUUUGCUAUUGUUUAGUUAUGGAAUGAAGGAAGGUGUUUUCAGAAUUCCUUUCGUAUGUGGUUUGUUCAAUUCUAAAUCAUGUGAGCCAACAGGAUCUGAUGUAAUGUGCUGAGAUCCUAUCCCUCACUAGUUGAUUAACCUGCAACAGAAGAUAAAUAAGUUUGAUCUAAGCAAAACUGUAGCCUAUUCAUUGAUACUCCGCUCGAGCAAGCUGAAGUCCAGACUAGAUUUGCAUAAAACAAAUGCAAUGCCGCCAUUUUCCUCCAAAGGUUACAUAAAGAUAUUCAAAUGUUGCAGUUAUAAAAUUUGACUAUGAACAGUCAUGAAAUAAAACCGCUCCAAACAUUAGAAUAGACGUUUGUUCAAGGCACAGUUGGAAAUACAAAUGGGAUGGGAGUUUACUCUGUCCAAUGAUGUGAUUAUCUCUACAAAGCACACCGUGGUUUCACAGACCAUUUGUUCACCCCACAAGGACAUCAAAUGUGAGUGAAAUCAACUCCUAGCGUGUAAGUAAGUGUACGUGUUUGUGUGUGAAGGAAUAUCAAUCCAUCCUAUUUUGUCAUUGUCAAGUUCAGCUAUUUUGUUGAUAAUGUUGUGUCAUUGUCUUACCUGAGUGAUGGCAGAAUGAUAUGUCUGGGAAUAAGCAGAGCUCACCGUGUUGAUUAUCAGAACGCAUGGCUAGGUUUUGUAUGUGCUGAAGUUUUGUUGAAAACAAGCAGAAUGUGUUAGGUAUACCUUGUGGUAUUAAGUAGUGUUAGCCUCGGUGUCCAGCUGAAAUGAAAUUCUCAGGCUGUAUUGUGUACUUUACUGAGUGAUGUUGAAUAAGUGGCAAGGGCUAUGGCAGUAUGUUGAAAACAAGGAAUACUUUGUAAUGUAUGUUUUUGGUCAUUCAUGUUUUCUACUGUUCUACCCUUAAAACAGCCACAAUGUUUCCUAUGUGUCUACUUCUACUGAUAUCUGGAACACUGGCUAUGAAUUGCUCAAAUUCAGGUACGAGCACAUCUCAACUAACCGGUGCCCCACGCACACUGACUCUG